CUAACCUGUCUCAUGAGGUUCUAAACCCAGCUCACGUUCCCUAUUGGUGGGUGAACAAUCCAACACUUGGUGAAUUCUGCUUCACAAUGAUAGGAAGAGCCGACAUCGAAGGAUCAAAAAGCAACGUCGCUAUGAACGCUUGGCUGCCACUAGCCAGUUAUCCCUAUGGUAACUUUUCUAACACCUCUAGCUUUAAAUUCGAAAGGUCUAAAGGAUCGAUAGGCCAUGCUUUCAUGGUUCGAAUUCGUACUGGAAAUCAGAAUCAAAUGAGCUUUUACCCUUUUAUUCCACACGUGCAUUCUCUUUUAACAGAUGUGUUGUCCCAGCCAAAUUUCCCACCUAACAAUGUCUUUCGCCCGGAUCGACUAGUCGAGGCUGACCUUGGGUCCAAAAGAAGGGGUCGUGCCCCAUCUCUGAUUCACGAAAUAAGUAAAUAACGUUAAAAAUAGUGG